AUGGGAUGGUUUCUGACCGGCACACUUGUUGGUCCUGCAUUUGGACCAUUUUUGGGCGGUAUCAUCGUAACAUGUUCGUCCUGGAGGACUAUCUUUUGGCUUCAGACAGGACUGGCUGCUGCCGGAGUACUCGGCGUGUACUUUGUUGUAUGCGAAACAGCUCAUCACCUCAAGAUCAACGAUCUGAGAAGCCUCUCGGGCAAGAAAAGGACACUGAAGGUUCUCGGCAUGAUCAGCCCGAUGCGAGUCUUGCGACUAUUCCAAUUCUUCAAUAUUGUACUGGUGGCUUUUGGCAGUGCAUCCUUAACCUGGAACAUGUAUAGCCUCCUAACACCGGUCCGUUAUGUUUUGAAUCCCCGCUUCGAGCUCGACUCGCCGUUGCUGUCGGGUCUGUUUUACCUGGCACCCGGCUUCGGUUACCUGGUAGGGACUUUCGGAGGUGGGCACUGGGCGGACAUGAUGGCCAAGCGAUGGAUCAAGAAACGUGGAGGCGUCCGUAUACCAGAAGAUCGACUUCGAUCCACCCUGCCUUUCAUGGGCGCAAUCAUGCCGGGAAGCAUGCUGGUAUAUGGCUGGAGUGUCGAUAGGGAGGUUGGAGGUAUUCCAGUGCCUGUUAUCGCCAUGUUCGUACAGGGCGUGGCGCAAUUGUUUUGCUUUCCCUCGUACAACACUUACUGUCUCGAUGUCAUGCCUGGCCAUGGGGCAGAGGUGGCUGCAACCAACUUUUUCGCGAGAUACUUGGUUGGCUGCAUCGCUUCAGCUGUAGUUCUACCGGCAGUCGAAGCAGUCGGCAUUGGAUGGUUUUCGACCAUCUCAGCAGCGUAUUUGAUAGGCUCAGCUCUGGCGACCAUGGCUGCAAUUCGAUGGGGGAAAGGCUGGCGAGAGAGAACUCAAGCAAGGCUAGAAGGUCCCAAGGAAGAUGAGAACGAGGUCAAAGCCGAUCAUAAUAUGGAUACAGAUCGAUCCAAAAGUGCUCAAAUAUUGGGGCCAAGCUUUGCGUUUGACAGGAGUGAUCCAGAACAGCAGAGCCGAAACAUAGGCCGUGAGACCUGA